CUAGUAUGUUAUAAUUAAUAAUCGGUGUACAAUUUAUAAUGAUAAUAGUAUAAAAAUCAUAUUAUAAUAGUUCAAAUACGGCGAGAUGCCCGCUUAGGAUCGAUCUAAUUGUUGUUUUACGAGAACGACAAAUUGUAUUAGACCAACAGUUCCACGAAAUACUUCCAUUCGGAAUGAUUUCAAUAAACGAAAAAAACGGCAAUUAACGCGACCGACGAUGGACGAUCACGAAAUUACGAUAAGUACUAUAAAUCUUGUGCCAUUACAAAAUUCCGAAAGUUGCAAAAAAAUCGACAAGGUUCAUAGCUUACACGGUGACAGAUGGAAUUUAGUAAAACUCUUGUUUUUAUACAUAUUACAAGGCGUGCCAUUGGGAUUCAGUGAUGCAUUUCCGAUUUUGCUAAAAUCUAAUAAGUUUUCUUACUAUGAACAGGCAAUAUUUAGCGUGAGCACAUGGCCGUUUACUUUCAAAAUUUUAUGGGCUCCAUUAGUAGACUCUAUUUAUUGUCCAUCAGUGGAAAGGCGAAAAAUGUGGCUCGUUCCUGUACACAUACUGCUCGGCACUUGUUUACUGGUGUGUAGUUUUUAUAUAAAUGACUGGUUGCUGAACACUGGGGAAUCAAAUAAUGUGAUUCCACUGACUGUCGUUUGGUUAAUCAUAAAUUGCCUUGCUGCCACUCAGGAUAUUGUAGUUGAUGGAUGGGCAUGCUCAAUGCUUAAAAAGCAUAACAUACACUACUCGUCAAUGUGCAACGCGACCGGUAAUUCGCUGGGAUCUUUCUUGGGAUAUGCAGUUCCCUUGUUACUCGGAUCUGAAACGUUUUGCAACAAAUGGUUACGUUUUAACGACAAACCCGGUGGUGUUAUCACGAUAAAAGGUUAUCUGUAUUUUUGGGGAAUAGUGUACAUUGUAGCAGCGGCGUGUGUGUCCAAAUUCAAGCGCGAAACCCAACCGUCGGCCGAACAAAAAGGUCUGGGCGUUUUAAACACGUACAAGCUACUUUGGGACAUCGUAAAGUUACCGAACGUUCAGAUACUAGGCGCCAUAUUUCUAACUGCAAAAUUAGGAUUCGCCACUAUCGACACAGUGACAAAUAUGGAAUUCAUGGAAGCCGGAGUAUCUGAAAACAAUAUUGUCAUAAUUGGCAUACUGGUAUUUUUAGUGAAAUUAAUAGUUCCUGUAACUAUAACCAAAAUAACAAAUUCAGUGAAAUCGAUGGAUGUCUACAUGCAGUGUGUACCAUACAGGUUGCUGCAUGGUUUAGCAUUUUCGUUGUUGUUGUAUUACACUCCAACACUUUUAAGAAUAGGCGGUAUUGUAAGAGCAUGUUAUUACACCAUGUUGGGAUGUACCUUUAUAACACAUCAAAUAUUUUCAUUUAUUAUGUACGUAAUUUACUUGUCGUUUGUAUCUAAAGUAAGUGAUCCGAAUUUUGGUGGAACUUACAUGACAUUACUAUGCACUUUUGCAAACAUUAGCUUAGCUAUAACAAGAACGGGUUCACUCUGGUUGGUUGACGUUCUUACCUUCAAACAGUGUACUACCAUCUCUCAAAACCAUUGUGCAGCUUCUACAUUGAUCAAAUCUUGUCGAGCAGCAGGUGGUAAAUGCAAUACAAUAAUCGAUGGAUUCUACGCCGAGGAUUGAUUUGACGAAAACGUUCUUGUUUUUUCAAUGUUGUCAUAUUAUAUGCGUACCUAUAUUAAGUUCGUUAUAGUAUGAACAUUGCAGAUCGACGGAAAUCGAAAAUCUACCGAUUGAUUUAAUAGUGUUUUUAAAUUGAUUGAUGGUGCAUUUACAUAGUUAACAAUAUAGUCGAUUUCGUCUGUAAUGAAAUUCAUCGCUUUUUUGGGAAAUCAUAAUAAUAUGACGUAUACAUUUAAACGCAGCAGUGUUCACCCACAGUAUUCAGGUUCGUACCGCCCGAAUGUAUAGUAAUACUCAUAUAAUACUACUAAUACGAUGAUUUCUAAACGAUGUGUUUUCGCUCACCUUGCACGCGUCUUCGUUCUCUUCGCCGCCCGCGCACAAGAAUCCCGAGUGCAACUUGAACGCGGCAC